GGGAAGCGAAAGUGAAAAAAGCAGAAGCGGUUCCGCUGCCUGUCACAAUCGGAAGUCCACUCGUGCUUCUGCGCGCGUGUUGGAGGAAACUUUACACUCGAGCUCUGACUGAAAUCAUCGCAAACUCUAAGCGACAUGUCCGGAAAGGAGAAGAUCGAUGAGGGCUUCUAUUCUCGACAGCUGUAUGUUUUAGGUCAUGACGCCAUGUUCCGCAUGGAGACAGCCAGCGUCCUCAUCGCGGGCAUGCGGGGGCUCGGAGUGGAAACGGCCAAGAAUGUGAUCCUGUCCGGAGUCAAAUCUGUCACUGUCCAGGACCAGGAGCCGGCAGAGUGGACCGACCUGUCCUCCCAGUUUUUCCUGAACAAGUCUCACCUUGGUCAGAACAGAGCCAUUUGUUCCCUGCCACAGCUGUCUGCCUUAAACCCGCACGUGCAGGUGUGCGCUCACACUGAGCCGCUGGAUGAGAAUUUUCUCCUGCAAUUUCAGGUGGUCGUCCUCACUGACUCCACAUUGGAUGAACAGAAGCAUUUUGGUGAAUUCUGCCAUUCGCAGGGAAUCAGAUUCAUUGUAGCUGACACCAAAGGACUCUGUGGUCAGUUGUUCUGUGACUUUGGGGAGAAGUUUGAGGUCACAGACGGUGAUGGAGAGAUGCCUGCAUCAGCAGUGAUUGAUCAUAUCAGCCAAGGAAAUCCUGGAGUUGUUUCAUGUAUGGAUGAUCAGAAACAUGGCUUCAUUGAUGACACCAAAGUUUACUUCUCUCAAGUCCAAGGCAUGACGGAGCUCAACAGCAUGGGUCCCGUGGAGGUCAAAGUUUGUGGCCCACAUUCUUUCACGAUUGGCGAUACCUCGUCCUUUUCUGCAUAUAAACGUGGUGGCAUUGUAACCGAGGUUAAAACACCCUUCAUUUUGGAAUAUAAACCGCUGAGCGAGGCUUUACUGGAUGUUCAGCUGAUAAAAAUGACAGAUUUUGGGAAAGCAUCAAGGCAUCAGACACUUCAUUUGGCUUUCCAAGCCCUGCACAGCUUUGUGAAGAAGGAACAGCGACUACCUCGUCCCAGAUCUCAGUCCGACGCAGACACACUUGUUGCCCUGGUGAAGGAGAUGAAUGCAGCUGCACAGCUGGAACAGCUGGACGAGGCCAUGGUGCGAACUUUGGCCUACACGGCGCAGGGUGAAUUGGCUCCUGUCAACGCUUUCAUUGGAGGGUUGGCUGCUCAGGAAGUCAUUAAGGCCUGUAGUGGAAAGUUUACACCUCUUAAGCAGUUUUUAUAUUUUGAUGCACUGGAGUGCCUUCCUGAAGAUGCUGAUGAAGAGGUGUGUCUGACAGAGGGAUCCUUUUCACCGAAAGGCACAAGGUAUGAUGGACAGAUUGCUGUGUUCGGCUCUGCAUUCCAGCAGAAGCUUUGGAGACAGAAGUAUUUCCUGGUUGGCGCUGGUGCUAUUGGCUGCGAGCUACUUAAAAACUUUGCCCUCGUUGGGCUCGGCGCAGGAGAAGGUGGACACAUCACCGUUACAGACAUGGACUCCAUAGAAAGAUCCAACUUAAAUCGCCAGUUCUUGUUCAGGUCUCAAGACAUUGGGAAACCAAAAUCUCAAGUUGCAGCAAAAUCGGUGCGAACAAUGAACCCACAGAUGAACAUCACAGCUCACCAGAACCAACUAGGACCAGAUAGCGAACAAAUCUAUGAUUACGGUUUCUACAUGAGUCUCAGUGGAGUUGCUGCAGCCUUAGACAAUGUGGAAGCCAGAGUGUAUCUAGACAAACGCUGUGUCGAACAUCAGAAAUCGAUGCUUGAAGGAGGAACUCUAGGAAGCCAAGGUCACACUCUGGUGGUCGUGCCUGGCCUGACGGAGUCUUAUGGAGCGGCCAAAUCCAGUUCUCAUGCUGCCUUCCCGCUGUGUACUCUGAAGAACUUCCCGACCCGUAUUGAGCACACUUUGCAGUGGGCCAGAGAUCAGUUUGAAGGACUGUUUAAACAAACUCCUGAAAAGGUGAAUCUCUACCUGAGGGACGCAGAGUUUGUGAAGCGGACUUUGGGACAUGGAGACGGAGAGGCGCUGGAGAUUCUAAACGGGGUGUGGCGCAGUCUGGUGGAUAUGAGUGCUGGAGGACAACGUCCAGAAAGCUGGAAAGACUGUGUCAGCUGGGCCCGAAACAUUUGGGAGAAACUCUACAACAACGACAUCCGUCAGCUUCUGCACUGUUUCCCUCCAGAACAGUUAACAAGCUCUGGCCUUCACUUCUGGUCCGGGUCCAAGAAAUGCCCUCACCCACUGACCUUUGACCCUAAUAAUAACACCCACAUGGACUACAUAGUGGCAGCAGCUAAUCUCUACGGACAAAUCCACGGGAUCAGCGGGACAAGAGACGUUGUUUCCAUCCAAAGAGUCUUAGAGGAAGUUCAUGUUCCUGCUUUCACUCCCAAGUCCUUUGUGAAGAUUCAUGUCACUGAUGAGGAGAUGCAGGAGGACAAAGAAAAGGGAAGUGAUGAUGCCGAAAAAGCCCAGCUGAAGGAUUUAGAAGAAAAGCUGUCCUCUCCCUCACUCAAAAACUCAGCCAAGCAGAUGCACCCCAUUGAGUUUGAGAAGGAUGAUGAUACUAACUUCCACAUAGACUUCAUCGUCGCAGCUUCAAACCUGAGAGCGGAGAACUACGACAUCCCUGCUGUCGACCACCACCAGAGUAAACGCAUUGCUGGGAGGAUCAUCCCAGCUAUCGCGACCACCACAUCUGUAGUGGCUGGACUGAUGUGCCUGGAAAUGUACAAACUAAUCCAAGGUCACAAGAAGAUCAGCUCCUACUGCACAGCUUACCUUAACGUCGCCGUCCAGCACUUCGUGAUGUCCCGGCCGAGUCCAGCCAAGCAGUUCACAGUUGCAGGAAGGGAAUACACCCUGUGGGAUGACUUCCGUGUUGAGGGCAGGCAAGGCGGUCAGCAGGAAAUGACCUUGGAAGAGCUGAUCCAGUAUAUCAAGCAAAAAUACAGCUUGGAGGUUUGCUGUCUGUUCUAUGGACCAGCUAUGAUAUACGACGCCGGUCGUGACCACCAGGAGAGGCUCCAGCAAAGUGUGUCUGAUGUUGUGACGACUGUAACCAGAGCAGAAAUCCCUCAGCACAAGCAGGUGUUGGAGUUGAUCCCUUCAUUCACUGAAGAUGAAGAGUGUGACCCCGUCCCACCGAUCAGAUACGUGCGCUGGUCAGCAGGAUCUUCCACAGAGAUGAGAUGAAAAGGCAGGACAUGGCUGCAUCUCAGUCUCAGCAAGCAAAACCAACACCCUCAUUUCAGUAAGAA